AUGCCAACGGAAAGGGUAUCUCAAUCAGUUACUGGAGAGAUUCCCAAGGCUGGCAAAGAGACAAUCCCUAUUGAGACAAUACAGAGAAAAGUUAAAGAACGCAAAGAACGGGAAGAAGAGCUUAAAGAGUGUGAACGGAAACAAUGUGAGGAGGAACGUAAGAAGCAAGAGGAGGCAAAAAGUAAAGCUACCGCAGAGGAAACUGAUACGAAAAAUCAGCAGGAACCUAAACCAAAUACUACUGACCUUGACAGAGAACCCAGUGAAAGAAAGGACACUAAACAUCGACCGGCCAAAUUAGAUUUAUCAAGAACAACGUCAGCAUCGGUGCCUAGUGCACCUCCCAACGCACUAGGUAGCGCACGAAAAAUAGAAGACCUUAAUGCUGUCACCUAUCCACCAAAUAUUACACCACCCGAUCCCACGUUAAAUCAAGAUGCCCAACCAGGAAAAUACAAAUAUGACCUUCCAUUCUUGAUACAGUUCAUGAGUUUUUGUAAAGAGAAACCGGAUAAUUUACUACACUUGGAUGCAUUACGUGAACGUGUUGAAGUCCCGAAAAAAAAAAAAAAGAAACAACGUACCAGUGAAUCUAAUAAACAGGGUCUUUCACAUAAUACUUCUCCUGCGCAGUCUAGCUAUCCACCGCCUCCGAUGGGCAAAUUUGAAAAAUCCAUUACAAGCGAAGAACGUUUUACGCAAUCAAGUAUGCAAGGCAGAUAUAGUAAUUCCAGGAUUGGUCCCAGAACGGCAAGCAAAAAUCCAUUGUUAUCGGACGGAUGGGAUACUGCUGGCCGUAAAGUCGAUCUCACAAGAUUUGGACAAGUGCGCAGCACCAAGAUUAGCGGUACCAACAUGAAUCUUGCUCCGGGUAGUGGUACAAUUGCAAGAUCUGCAAGUGGCUCGAAAGACUGGCGAACUAAUAACAAAGAUCGUGAGCCCGUAGAGAACAAAUGGCAAUCGAGCAAGAGCGGUGGUGUGGUUAAGUCCUCAUCAAUGUCUCAGGAAGAAGCUAAGCGAAAGAUUAAAGCUAUGGUUGACGAAUAUUGGUCAGUGAGAGACAAGAAGGAAGUUGCCUUAUGUAUCAAAGAACUUCCUGUCGGAUAUUUUAGUGAUGCAAUCCGAGAGUUUAUCGAAUCGGCGCUUGAGAAGAAACCAGACGAUGUUUCAAGUUGUGCCGACCUUCUCAAGGAACUCCGGAAAAUAUAUCCAGCAGAUUGCAAGAAAGCGUUUACUGAUAUUAUGGACAAUUUAGAAGAUAUUGGAAUUGAUGUUCCUCAUGCUUAUGCACACACUGGACAAUUGUUACACGGCGCUCAGAUAAAGUUAAAUGAAGUGGCAGAAUUGGUACGACCACUAACUUACAUAGGAGGUAGUGAACCACCCUCGGCAAAGGUUGUGGCAGCAUAUCUAAAUUCAACAAAAGCUUCUAUGGGCGAACAGAUGGUACUCCGCCAAGUCAAAAAUGCCAGAUUUGAUUUCGCCUCGCUCUUCCCUGACGGUAAUGAAGAUGCUUUAAAUAGGUUUUUGGAAAAACAG